AUGUUUAGUCACGCAAUCGUUGGGCUCGUAAUAGCCAUAUGUGCGGCGCCGGCACUGAUCACCGGGAGUCCCUUCAGUGACCCACACUUUAAGGACAACCGAUCAGUAAUAGUACACCUCAUGGAGUGGACGUACGCAGAGGUGGCCAAAGAGUGUGAGUUAUUUUUGGGCCCCUAUGGCUUUGGAGGGGUACAACUGUCACCAGUAACUGAGGUGGCAGUGCAAAAAUUUAGACCAUGGUCGGAACGCUACGUACCCGUCACAUAUGAGAUCAAUGGCCGCUCGGGUGACGAGAAGGCAUUCGCCGAUAUGGUUGACACAUGUAAUGAAGUCGGGGUUAGGAUCUAUGUUGAUGUGGUGCUCAACCAUAUGACUGGGUCUCAUAUGAAGGGUAAGGGCACAGCCGGUCACACCUACAACGGCAAGGAGUUCAAGUAUGAUGGGGUUCCGUACACUCACCUGGACUUUCAUCAACACCCGGCCUGUCCCACACCGGGAGACAAUCUGGACAUCCGUAGCGACAAAUACGACGACCCGAUUGAGGCCCGCAAUUGCCAGUUGGGAGGACUCCGGGACUUAGAUCAGGGCAAAGAGUGGGUGCGACAGAAACAGGUAGAGUUUCUCAACAAAUUAAUCGCACAUGGUGUCGCCGGUUUCCGGUCCGACGCCAGUAAACACAUGUGGCCUCAAGACUUGCAGAAUAUCACCGCCCGGUUGACUAAUUUGAUCACCAAGUACUUCCCGUCCGGCGCCCGACCCAUGAUAUACCACGAGUAUAUAUCGGGCGAGAAAAUCAAGGCUACAGAGUAUACACCGUUGGGUCGAGUGAUUGAGUUUAAAAACUUCGACAAUUUGGCCAGGGUGUUUCGCAAGUUGGGCGACAAACGGCUGAGCUAUUUGCGUAACUACGGCGCCGGACCCCAGGGCUGGGGUAUGCUUCCCAGCGAUGACUCCCUGGUUAUGGUCGACAGCCAUGAUCUGCAACGCGGACACACCGGCGAUAUCACAGUUACGCUCACCUAUUUUGAUGCCCGGCUAUUGAAAAUGGCCACCGCUUUCAUGCUUGCCUGGCCUUACUCUAUACCUAGAGUUAUGAGCAGUUACUACUGGCCCAGGAAUGUACAGAAAGUGGACAAUCAAUACAAAGACCUGAACGACUGGAUGGGUCCGCCACACGACUCACAGGACCGGAUAGUCGGCGUUCAACGUAUGCCAGACCUGAGCUGCGAUCCCAAAGUGUGGAUCUGUGAGCACAGGUGGCGUCAGAUCUAUAAUAUGGUUAACUUUAGAAAUACGGCCGGUUUUGAACCGGUGUCCAACUGGUGGGAGAAUAAGUACCACUCGAUUGCCUUCAGUCGCGGCAACAAAGCCUUCAUAGCCAUCAACAAUGACGACCACCCCAUCGAUCAACAGCUCAACACUGGACUCCCGGCCGGCACUUACUGUGAUGUCAUUUCAGGCAAUAUUGUUGGGGGCAAAUGUGAGGGCAGACAAGUGGUGGUGGGAACGGGAGGAAUGGCACACAUAGUGGUGGACAACAAAUGGGAAGACCCGAUGAUUGCCAUACAUAUCAACGCUAAACUUUAA